AUGCCCGCCCUUAUCCUCGGCGCAGCUCUCCUGGCUUCGUUGUUCCUCGUACAGGCGAAGCCAGCCCCGGGAUUGCAGGCGCGCCAGUCGAUCACCGCAUUGACCUCUGCACAGAUAUCAGCGUUCACGCCGUAUACGUGGUAUGCCAGCGCCGGGUACUGCUCCGCGUCGGAGACGUUGAAUUGGAGUUGCGGGACCAACUGCGAGGCUAACUCGAAUUUUGAACCCGUUGCGUCUGGGGGGGACGGCGAUAGCACGCAGUACUGGUUCGUGGGCUAUGACCCAAACUUGGAUACGGUCGUCGUGUCGCACCAGGGGACGGAUCCGGAAGAUAUCUUGCCGUUGAUCACGGAUGGUGACGCCGUCCUAACGAACCUGGACUCGAGUCUCUUCCCCGGAGUGUCUUCGGACAUUGAGGUGCACCAGGGCUUCGCUGAUGCACAAUCAAGUACUGCAUCCGAUGUUCUCUCGGCAGUCCAGAAAACAAUGUCCCAGUACAGCACGAGCAACAUAGCAGUUGUAGGGCACUCACUAGGCGCGCAAUACUAUCAUUCCAGGCAGUCGCAGUCGACUCACCUAUCUUCUCUAGGCGCGGCGAUUGCGCUGCUCGACGCUGUCUACUUGCCUCUGCACAUCCCCGACGCGACAUACCGCUUCGUUGGAUACGGCCUGCCUCGCGUCGGAAACCAAGCCUUCGCGAACUACGUCGACGCUCUGUCCACAUCAGUAACGCACAUCAACAAUAAGGAGGACCCCAUUCCGAUCCUUCCGGGCAUGUUCCUCGGCUUCGUGCACCCGUCUGGCGAGGUUCACAUCGAGGACUCCGGCGAAUGGGCGUCGUGUCCUGGCCAGGACAACCCCAGCACCCAGUGUAUUGUGGGUGAUGUUCCUUCCAUAGUGGACGGCGAUGAGUCGGACCACGAUGGCCCGUAUAAUGGCAUUACUAUGGGUUGUUAGUCGUGACGUCUGGACGCGACCUUCACAUUCAUUAUUCGUCUUUUAUUAUAAGUUCUUUGUCUGUACUGUCCCCAAACUGUCCCGGAUCGUCCCCGGU